AUGCCAUUCAGCACCAAGGCUCCCGAACAUUACUCGACAAACCCAAACACCAUCAAGGCACGCCGUCGCAAAAUGAGCCUCAAUGGAGCCAAGAAGGUCGAGGACGCCGCACGCACCGCAGACUACAAGGCCAUGCUCUAUACUCGCAAGGUCGUCCAGCUCAAGCCCGAGUAUGGACGCGCUUCCGAAUCAGAGAAGUCAGCCAUGCUCGAGGAAGCCAUGAGAGAGACCAUGGAGAAGCGUCGUGAACGCGGCCAGGAUACCAUGUCCAAGAUGGCCGCCUUCAACGCAGGAACCUACCGCGUCCGUGAUGGUAUCACCGGUCCGCAGACACGCGUUCCCAUCUCUGCGUUUCUCCAGGACAACGGCUUCGUGCCCUCUCGCCCUGGCAGGGCUUCACAUCGUGGUGUCGCUGCCCGUCCCAGCGGCCCAGAGUCUGCCAGCUGUGGUCCUCUCACGCCUGUCUCAGUGGGUUCUGCGCCUAUGGCUGACAUGGACGGCGUGGGCAGCGCGUUUGCAGGGGCAAAUGGCCUGACGUCUUCUGCUAAUGGACAAGGCAGUCGGGCUACUGCCGGCUUCAGUCCUCUUAACCGCCGCGUCUCAGCUCCUGUCGGUCGUCGUCUCCGGAGCAACAACGACCUGUUCUCGAGCCAGAGCUCACCUUCCCCCUCACUCAACGGCGUCAAGGCCUCCGGAACGCCCGCACCCUUCGCGAACAUGACCCCCGAGCCUAUGCUUGCGUCAGUCGAGGGAGAUGUCCCGAUGGCCAACGGCGAUGGUUCUCUGUCCAGGAUUCAGACUGAGAUGGGCCACCUCCGCACUAUCUGUCAAAAUGUUGUCACCAGCAACAACAACAUUCGAGAGCUCGACUUGCGCAAUUUUGCGGCGGAGAUGGGCAUGGAGAAGAACCGCGUGACCGACUUGGAAGUCAGAGUCAGCCAGUUGGAGGGCGUGGUCCACGCCCUUCAGAACACCGCUUUGGGUAAUGUGGUGCAAAGGGUCAAUGAGCUAGAGAGCAUCGUCGAGAAGCUCAAGGACAAGGUCGGAGGCGGCUGCGAUGCUGAAGUUGCAAAGAUGAGGGAGGUCAUGGGUGGUCUGAAGGGUGCCCUGGACAAGGUCGGUGGUUUUGUCUAA